GACGCGCUCGUCGACCGGCGGCCGGACCUCGAGCUCCAGUCGUGGACGCGGCUGCCCUACGUGUCCUCCGGCGACUCGAAGAAGAGCCACUACACGCUCGACGUCGCCCUCAUGGCCUUCCGCGUCGGAACGGCGUUCGAGGCGGUCCUCGCGGGCGGCGCGGCGCCGGCGGCGACGUCGGCCGCGGCCGCGGCCCCGGACGUCGCGCUCGACGACGCGCCGCCGGCGGCUCAGCAGCACGUGCUGGCUCGCGCGCAUGCCCUGUUCGACGCUCACGGCCGUGACGGCGCGCGCCGCGGGCACGGAUGCCUACGGCGACCGGCUGCGCGACGCGUUCGCCGGCGCGGCCGUCGACGUCGUCGUGGGCAACUGGCGCGAGGCCGGCUUCCUCGCGGGCGAGCGGUACGACGUCGUCGUCGCGGACUAUUUGCUCGGCGCCGUCGAGCUGCACUGGCCCCACGGCGCCGACGCCGUGCUCGCGCGCCUCCUCGGCGCGCUCAAGCCCGGCGGGACGCUCCUCUUCGUCGGCGUCGAGCCCUACGAGUCGCUCCUCGACCGCGCCGACGACGCGGAUCGCCUCGUGCUCGACGUCGAGUCGCUCGGCGACAGCGCCGCGGCGCUCGCGGGCGAGGCGACGUACCGCGAGGUGCCCGAGGCGUGGAUCACGCGCCAGGUCGACGCGCGCGACGGCUACGCCGUCGUCGCGAGCGAGACCUUCCCCAUGACGCUCAGCGCGGCCUCGCUGCGGAAGCAGGUCACCUACGCGCGGACGACGUCCGCGAAGAUCGCCGACGCGGGCCUCCGGAAGGCCUACGAGCGGCGCGUCGCCGAGCUCACCAUCGAGGUCAACGCGUGGAAGGGCACGCACCGCAAGGGGCGCAACUACGCGCUCGUCGUGAAGCGGUCCUAAGGAAGAAGACUCUCGGAAGCAGGGGGAGACUCGGGGUCCGACUCGUCAACGAGGGCUGUCGAUGGCGUCGGCCAGUGUGUAGCGCCUCGGCCUGCGGUGAAAAUGGACAAGGGCCGCGCCCGGGCCGGUCGCCCUCGGACAGGCUCGGUUCGAGCAUCGAGCGGCGACUCACUGCAGUACUGGCGAGACCUGAUCGAGUGGACGCGCGGGCGAUGAGCGGAGAUAUGAAUUGGAGGGACAAGAAGCGCGAGUAUG